AUGCAUAUAGAAACAACUACGACAAUAGCUGAUAAUAAUGAACAAGUAUCAACAUCUUUUACUGAUUUAUAUAAUCUUCAUGAAAUUAUUGGAAAAGGACCAUUUAGUGUAGUUCGUCGUUGUACAAAUAAAAACGAUAAUAAACAAUAUGCUGUUAAAAUUAUUGAUGUUGAACAAUUUACAUCAACACCAGGAUUUUCUGCUGAUGAUUUACGACGUGAAGCAACUAUAUGCUCAAGUCUUAAACAUUCACAUAUUGUCGAAUUAUAUGAAACAUUUGAAUCAGAAGGAUGUCUUUUUAUGGUUUUUGAAUAUAUGGAUGGUUCUGAUUUAUGUUUUGAAAUUGAAAAACGUGCUCUUGCUGGUUUUGUAUACAGCGAGGCUGUAGCUAGUCAUUAUAUGCGUCAAAUAUUUGAAGCCGUUCGUUACAUUCAUGAUCGUGGUAUAAUUCAUCGCGAUUUAAAACCUCAUUGUGUGUUAUUAUCAUCAAAAGAAAAUGCAGCACCAGUUAAAUUAGGUGGUUUUGGUGUUGCAUUACAAUUACCAGAAUCUGGUUUAAUUCAAGCUAGUCGUAUUGGUACUCCGGCAUUUAUGGCACCGGAAGUUGUUAAUAAAGAAUCACCAGGUUUUGGUCGUCCGGUUGAUAUGUGGGCAUUAGGUGUUAUGUUAUAUGUUCUUUUAACUGGUACAUUACCAUUUGCUGGUACAAGAAAUCGAGUUUUUGAUAUGAUUACAAAAGGUGUUUAUAAUACGAAAACUAAACAAUGGGAACAAAUAUCUGAAUCAGCUAAAGAUCUUGUUACUCGAUUAUUAUGUGUAAAUCAAAAUGAAAGAAUAACAAUUAAAGAAGCACUUAUACAUCCAUGGAUUCGAGAACGUGAAAAAUUUGCAUUAAGAAAACAUUUACCUGAUACUGUUGAAGAACUACGUAAAUUCAAUGCACGACGUAAAUUAAAGGGUGUAGUAUUAGCAGCUGUCUCAAGUCCUCAUUGGUCACAAAUACCAAUAAUGACAACAACAAAUCCAUCAUCCAGUUUAUUGAAAGAUAUGGCAACAACAAAUUCAAAUGAUUUUGAUGAUAUGGCAUCAUCCGCUGUUUCACAAAUUCUCGAUUCAUUAGAAGAUACUCAAUGGUUAACUAUUGGUGAUCGUGUUGAACUGGAUUUUUUACAAAAAUUAUUUGAAGAUAAACAAUUACGAACUUUACUUGAAUUAUAUGAUCGUAUAAAUUCGGAUGAAAUUCGUCCAUAUAAUAUUCCCGACUCAAAUGCUGUACAAAUUGUUUCUGAUAUUAUUACAUUAAUUGAACGAAAUUCUUAUCAACAUAAAUCAGCAAAUGUUCAUGAUCUUCUUGAUAUUUUACUUGAACCACAUUUACAGGUAAGAAUAACACAAACAAAAAAAAUAAUCCAAGAGAAAAAUUUGGCUUUAAGAAGCGAUUAA